AUGUCAGUGGGGUCGACCAUGCAAUCCUUGUCCUCACAAAAUCAACAACCAUCUAACACAAAUUCUAAAAAAGAUCCUAACGUCAAUGUUAAUAGCGAUUCAACGCUUGCAUCGACUCAAGCCAUUGAAAAUACUUUAUUUGGUGCUUUGAAGGAGUUGUUUUUUAAAAUAAGCUCUCAGAAAAAACGAACCGGUGUUUUAGCGCCAAAUAAUUUCAUCACAAAAUUAAAAAAAGAAAAUGAAUUUUUCCGGUCAACAAUGCACCAAGAUGCUCAUGAAUUCUUAAAUUACGUCUUAAACACUAUCGCUGAAAAUGUUAUGGAACAGCAGAAAAAACUUUCCGAACAAAUUUCUGAACGAGAACAGAUACUAUUCUGUAACAUUAACGAUAAAUCUAAAUUUACGACUAAUGGUGUACAUACACAUGGAAGUGAUGACGAUGAAAAUUCUUCUAAAAGUUCUGAAAUAAAUUCGGGUACAUCUCCAAAGACCACUUGGGUACAUCAACUUUUUGAAGGAACGUUAACCAAUGAAACUAAAUGUCUAACUUGUGAAACUGUCACUAGCCGAGACGAAUCCUUUCUUGAUCUAUCCAUUGAUAUCGAACAGAAUUCUUCUGUCACGUCAUGUUUACGACAAUUUUCUGCAUGUGAAAUGUUAUGUCAUAAAGACAAAUUUUUUUGCGAUGUUUGUUGCAGUUAUCAAGAAGCAGAAAAGAGAAUGAAAAUAAAAAAACUGCCUAAUGUAUUAGCACUUCACUUGAAACGUUUCAAAUUUCAGGAUAAAUUACAAAGAUAUAUUAAAUUAUCAUAUAGAGUAGUAUUUCCUUUUGAAUUACGAUUAUUUGAUACUUGUGAUGAUAUUGAAGAUCCGGACCGUCUUUAUGAACUAUACGCGAUUUGUGUGCAUAUUGGAAGUGGACCAUACCAUGGUCACUAUGUAGCAUUAGUGAAAAGUAUGGAGCAAUGGCUUUUAUUCGAUGAUGAAAACGUUGACCCUGUAGAUGAAGCUGAAAUCCAAAAAUAUUUUGGGGAUAGUCCAGGAACUGGGUCGGGUUACGUGCUUUUUUAUCAGGCUUGCGAUCUGGAUCAAAAUGUUAAUGGUUUAUCGAACUCUGUUUGGCCUAAUAACAAUGCUACUGGUUCAAGUGCUUCUUCAACGGAAUUGGAUAUACCUAUUGAGGCCAAUGAUUCGUUAGUUAAUGAUGUACCAACUACUGUAAAUGGCACAAUAGAUAAUAAUAAUACUUCUGUAACAAAUAAUGAUGAACCACGGCGGCAUCCAAUAAGAGAACCUUCAUUUUCCGAUCGAUUGCAAUUGUGGAAAAAUACCACAGAUAAACGCAAAUCCCACGCUGAUCAAGAUAGUAAUAAUUCAAAGGGCAAUGAAGAUGGUUCCAAUCAUUCACAUGAAAAAUCACAUUCAGGUGAAAAACCGGAAAAAACGGCAUUAUUUUGGCGUAAAGAUAAGAAAGACGAUAAAGAUGAUAAAAAAUCUACCUCUUUAGGAGUGACGGUCGAAGAAAGCGGUAAAGAACAUAAUGCUGCAAUCAAGAAAGAUAAAAAAGCCGAAAAAGAAGAAAGGAAACGUGAGAAAAAACUUAAAGACAAAAAACUAGAUAAAUUACCACCAUCACCGAAUGGAAUACAAGCUAGUAUGUGA